AUGGAGUCGGCGGCGGAGGCGAUGGGGAUGGUCCAGAUCGCCGCCCACCCGCGGCCUGAUUCGUUCGGUAGGUUCGGCAAGUUUGGGGGGAAGUACGUGCCCGAGACACUGAUGCACGCGCUCUCCGAGCUCGAAGCUGCAUUCCACUCCGUCGUAAAGGACCAGGGUUUCCAGGUGGAGUCUCCAUGCCUGGUACACAUCAAAAUGCCGGCCUCCCAUUGAUUGGUUGAGCACAGGCUCUUGCAGGCUACUGGUUUCCCCUUUUCUUUCGUAUCAUUUCUGAUUAAUCUGUUGCUGAUCGUUCAGAUAGCGACGAAGUUCUUUGCCUGGAUACAUCAUACUAGCUGGCUUACACCUUCAUACAUCUAGCACGCAGAUAUGCACAUAUGGGAGAGAGAGAGAGAGAGAGAGAGAGAGAGAGAGAGGUGUAGAGGAAAAGUUUCCAGGUUUUUCAUUUUUCACCCUCGAAGAGAUACUGAGUGCCAGUCCUUUUCCCUGCUUGGGGAAUUGAGGCUCACUGUGGUCUCGUUUCGGUCUUAUUUCCUUCAUCAUCGGUGACUUUAUUUAUUUAUAUUCGUUUCGUUUCUCAUCUCUGUGCAGAAAGAACUGGAUGGCCUUCUGAGGGACUAUGUUGGCCGCGAGACCCCGCUUUACUUCGCUGAACGAUUGACGAAUCACUACCGAAGGCCUAACGGGGAGGGCCCUCUCAUCUACCUUAAAAGGGAGGAUCUCAACCACACCGGGGCCCACAAGAUCAACAACGCCAUUGCGCAGGCCUUGCUUGCCAAGCGGUUGGGAAAGAGACGCAUCAUAGCUGAAACAGGAGCCGGUCAGCACGGAGUCGCCACAGCCACGGCUUGCGCAAGAUUGGGUCUGGAAUGCAUAAUCUACAUGGGUGCCCUGGAUAUGGAGAGGCAAUCUCUCAAUGUCUUCCGGAUGAAGCUUCUUGGGGCAGAGGUUGGCCUCGGUCAUUAUUUCCAUAAUGCUCCUAAUUUUUUUUCUCUGGGCAUCUUCAUGAUGCAUUUAUAUAGUUUACCAUGAUGCUAAUUAGAGGAAUGUCAGUUCCAGAGCCGUUAUAUCUUCCGAUUAUUGCAUAACCAAACUGGCUCUGAGGAGCUGGUGCCCAAUUUGGCGCAAGAAUCUAGUUUAAUUUUAGAACCAAAGAGAGUGGAAUGUUUUUAUUUAGAAGACCUUGGUCUAAGAGACAGGGCACAUUCCUUGAAUACCUUCUUAUGAGCUUUCGUUACUUACAUUAUGCAAUGUUUUCUGAUCAUCUGUAGGUUGUGAUGGCCUGGUUUCGACCCAUUGUCUCUUUCCCGCAAAUGGUUUAGUUUUAUAACCUUCUUGCAUCUCUGCUCGGUUUUCUUCUUUUUAUGCUCACUGUGACCACUUAAAUCUUCUUCAUCCAUGGGCAAUCAGACCAACUUUGAAUUCUACAUCUUAUUAUUUUCUAACUCUCCCAAAUGUUCUAUUCCAGGUAAGAGCUGUCCAUUCUGGGACAGCCACGCUGAAGGAUGCCACCUCAGAGGCCAUACGCGACUGGGUCACCAACGUUGAGACCACCCACUACAUCUUGGGAUCUGCCGCAGGCCCACAUCCAUAUCCCAUGAUGGUUAGGGAUUUUCAGGCCGUAAUUGGAAAGGAGACAAGGGCGCAGGCAAUGGAGAGAUGGGGUGGGAAGCCAGAUGUGCUGAUAGCUUGUGUGGGAGGGGGCUCGAAUGCCAUGGGGCUCUUCCAUGAGUUUGUGGAAGACCCAGAUGUGAGGUUGAUAGGGGUGGAGGCUGCAGGGUGUGGACUAGAGAGCGGUAAGCAUGCAGCAACUUUGACAAAGGGUGAGGUUGGGGUUCUACAUGGAGCCAUGAGCUACCUACUUCAAGAUGACGAUGGACAGAUAAUUGAACCUCAUUCAAUUAGUGCCGGGUUAGUUCAAAUAGAAUUUAGUACCUGUUAUUGCUAUGAUUAUGUAUCUGUGCAAGAUCAAAGUAUAUUUAAACUAUUUUUUUUCUUGUUCUCUGAAUGGAAAAACAGCUUAGAUUACCCUGGAGUUGGCCCUGAGCACAGCUUUCUAAAGGAUAUUGGACGUGCAGAAUACCAUAGCAUCACUGAUGAGGAAGCCUUGAAAGGUAAGUAUGAGACGCUUUUGUUUUACUGUUGCAAAAAGGAGAUGAAGAUUACUGGCUUUUGGGUUGGAAAUGUGAAUUAUUCGCUAUUUAAUGUAUAAUAUGUUGGAGAUUUUUUUUGUGGGUUAUAAUAGAUGCAAUAUUAAUUAUAAUUAUCCAACGAAUGUCAAUAUUUGGAAUAUUACCAACUCCAAGAAACUUCAAGUGUCGAAAUUAAAGUUGGUUUAUUGCAAUUAUAUCCUGACAGCUUGAUAUGGAAACUGAUGUUUAUUUCCACGGUUCAAUCGAAUCAGCUAAAAGUGAGUUUGAACUCAGAAGUGAUGAUGGAACGUACUCAUUUAAUAUGUAAACUCAUGUUUCCUAAAUAAUGGAUUCUGCUAAGGAAGUUUUCUGCUUAUUCUUGCUGAAAGUUUGCAGCACUUUUCUUUUUCAUCGCUACUAAAAUGUUCAGAUUCCAAAGGGAGCUUGAAAAAUGGGCUCCCCUCCGGAAACACUGUUUAUUUGAAUAAUAAUGCCUCUUUAUUAUUCACAAAAAUAUAGAAAUCUCUUGUUCCUCGAAUAACAUAUUGCUUUGCCUUUAAUGCGUACAGUAAUUUGUUCUAUGCCCAGAAGAAAAGUUUUCCACUCAAAACCAUUUGAACCUCUAGCAGAUAAUAUAGGAUGUAUUGGGCUCUGCUAAGACACAGAUUGACUUAGAAUUCUGUUACGAACCUCUCAAGAUUUUGGGCGAAAUCUUCACCCUAAUCGUACCUUAGACGAGGCUCACUCAGGGAAUCAGCUCUCUGUGUAUAGAAGAACCAGAUUGAACAAUUGAAAAUGGAAAUUGAAAAGACAAUAGAGGUUCGCAGACAGUAGGGUGAGUUCCUGAGGUCGGAUCGAUCCUCAGGAACAGGAGAGCCCGAAUCGGACCUCUCCAGGGACAGAUCUCCCCCUCUCCACUCUCUGUUUUCUCCUCCCUUCUUAUUUCGACCUCUUCUAUAUUUAUAGGCCUCAGUACAUUAAUCUGUUGUGGUCCCCCCUCCACGUGGGGGUCUAGGUCGUCUUGUGUAGACGACGGUUGACUUCGUAACAGAUUCAUAACUGAUUACAACCCAUAAUUUUUUACUAAACUAUUAUCAAUUAAAAUUAUUUAUAUUUAAUAAUUGAUAUUUUGCAUAUCUAACUUUUAUGAGAUAUACAUAUAUAUGAUGUAUAUAUAUGUCUAUAUGUUAAUAAUAUUUUACCUCAGUUUCUGGCUUCUCUUACCAUGACCUAUCUAAACGUUCAUCCACAUCAUGUAAUAGUGGAACAUUCGCAUGACCUUUCAAGGGCUUUGAAGGGUAUAUAUACCUGUUUGCCCUCUUUCAAGCUUGCAUAAUUGGAUGACCCCCCAUUUAUUCUCAUUUCCCUAAGAGUUUUCUUCUUACCUUUUAUUGUGGGCAUUUCAGCCCCUCUCCUAUGCUGAACAUGCUCACUGCCUCUGCGGCUGGCGAUCUUCUCUUCCCUUACCUCUUUUAUCCUUCUCUGGUUUACAGCUUUCAGGCUGUUGUCACAGUUGGAGGGCAUCAUCCCUGCCUUGGAGACAUCCCAUGCCAUAGCCUAUUUGGAGGUGCUCUGCCCAACGCUUCGUGACCAGAGAACCGUCGUCGUCAACUGCAGUGGAAGGGGUGAUAAGGAUGUCCAGACGGCAAUCAAACACCUUCAAAUAUGA